CUGCUGUUUCCUCCUAUUAAUACUGUGGUGCAACGGCGUCUUCCCAGAAAGUAUCAGAAAGGACCAGGUGAAAUAUAUAGCCGUCUAGAAGACAAAAAAUAACAUGACUGCAAGACUCGGACUGUUAUUGAUUCUUCAAAUCGCAGUCAGUCAUCCGGAAAACAACGGUGUGCAAAUUUCACCAGCCAACAACCCGCUAAAUGUCAUCGCUGGGUCAAACUUAAGUCUUGCCUGCAGCACCACAACGACAUGCUCGACUCCGCUAAAAUACACGUGGCGAAAACCAGCAGGCGGCGACGUCAACAACGAAGUUUUACCCUCCAUGACGUUUGAGAUCCAUAAGGUGGAAACAAACCAUGAGGGCGAAUACAUCUGCACAGUAAUCUGUGGCGACAAGGAAAUGAUGAAGAAAGUGAGAGUGCAAGUCAUUUCUUUUAAUGAACCUGUUAUACAAGUUCCUGAACCUGUAAAAGAGGGCAUCAAAGUAAAUGCAACUUGUACAGUGAAAAACAAUAACCCUGAUGGAAUUCAAGCAAGUAUUGUGUGGAUGCUGGGAACUCAGGUCUUAAGGAACAUAAGUCAUACAUCUGAUAACCAUUUCACAGACACACUGACUAUUCAGCCUAAAAAAGAAAACCAUGGACAACAUCUAGGAUGCAUUGUAACACUGGAUGUUUUUAAAAAGGAGCGCUUUGUGGAACUACAAGUUAACUACGCUCCUUCCAAGACUCAUAUUUCAGUGUCCACCCCCCUGGUGGAAGGUAAUGCUUUUGUAAUGAAUUGCUCCAGCGAUGGAAACCCCAGACCAAAACUAGAGUGGUUAAAGAAGAACAAGCCUUGGCCGGCUAAUAUGAGGAGGCACGACGGCUCAGUGUCUGGAGUACUAUCCCAAAGAGACGAGGGGACGUAUGAAUGCACUGCUAAAAACGAACAAGGAGAACAGAAAGCAAACGUUUCCUUGGUAAUCCACUAUGGCCCAAAGAACACGUCAAUAUCAGCUUCUCCAGGAAGUGACCUCCCAGAAGGAGGGUCCUUGCAGCUGACCUGUAAAACUCAAAGUAACCCUGAGGUGACUCAAUACAAGUGGAAUAAGCUCCCAGAAGCCACUCUGCCUCAGGGGGUGCUCGUAGAGGGCAGCACCCUAACUAUCCACAGCUUCCAGGGGGACCAUCAGGGGAUCUAUGAGUGCGAGGCCAUUCAUCAGAGUGGAAAACACGAUCGAGGCUAUGUCACUGUCACUGUCACUCAAGAAGAGAGGCUUACCCAAGAGCCUGCUUCUCCAAUAAUAGGGGCUGUAUUCGGGAGUCUGUUUGGGGGAGCUGCUGCUGGAGGGAUUGGGGGCUUCCUGCUGGCUAAGCUGCUUAAAUAACCACCAUGUACAUUAAUGACCUGGAGCUCUUAUAUCCUCGUUCCAGCGUGACUGACAUGUAAUCAGUAAAUGAUAUACAGGAACAGGGUUGGACACAGAAAUGGAAAAGUACCUGCCAUGUGUAGCACACAUGUUUGCUUAUAUCAGCUGUCCAACGCCUGUACAUUUAACUCAUAUUCAUAGCCAGGUUUUUAAAUAUUUGAAAGGCUAUUACUAAUAGAGACAGGCAGUUUUGUUUAAUUGUAGCUGAUUUUUUAAAAUGAAGCAUAAGACAUUUGUUUUCUUUUUACUUACAGUCCUGCCUUGUUACACCGGCAGUUAUGGGACAGGGACCAAACCUUAGCAUAACAACAUUAUAACAAGCCCUGCACUGUUUAGCUGGGAAUCGUUUUGUUUUCUUUGGGUUUUUUUUAUCAUUUGACUCAAAAGAACCAAAUUAUUGUCUUUUAAAGAGAAUUGGACAAACCGUACCUUCAAAAGUCAGACACAAUUUAAAUGGGGGACUACAUACUAAAUGCAUUUUAAUUUCAUUAUUUUUACCUAAAACUUUUUUUUUGUACUAGUUAAAAAAAAUGAUAUCCUGCUGCUUUAUAAAUAUCAUGCCUAAAAGAUUACUAACAAUGUUUUAUUUUUCUUGUACCCCAACAGUUAAUAAAUUCCUGAAUGUUUGGAUACUA